AUGCGUUGGUGUAUCCAGCACGGCAAGGUUGAGAUCAUCGCCAAUGAUCAAGGCAACCGAACAACGCCCUCGUACGUUGCUUUCACAGACUCUGAGCGAUUAUUAGGAGACGCAGCUAAAAAUCAGAUCGCUCUUAACCCGCACAACACCGUGUUCGAUGCUAAGCGUCUGAUAGGCCGAAAGUUCAAUGACAAAGAAGUGCAGGCCGAUAUGAAGCACUUCUCAUUCGAAGUUGUGGAACAAAAUAAGAAACCAGCUGUACAAGUAGAGUACAUGGCUGAAAAGAAGAUAUUCUUACCUGAGGAGAUAUCGUCUAUGGUGCUGACCAAAAUGAAGAAAACGGCAGAGGCCUAUUUGGGAACCAAAGUGACAGACGCCGUGAUCACGGUGCCAGCAUAUUUCAAUGAUUCCCAAAGGCAGAGUACAAAGGAUGCUGGGGCUAUCGCUGGUCUAAAUAAGGCCGCCAACGAUGGCGAGAAGAAGAUCCUAAUUUUCGAUCUUGGUGGAGGCACAUUUGACGUUAGUAUACUCACCCUGGAUCAAGGCAUAUUCGAGGUCAAGGCUACCGCUGGCGACACACACUUGGGAGGCGAGGAUUUUGACAACCGUAUGGUUGCCCAUUUCGCGAAGGAGCUCCAGCGUAAAAACAAGAAGGAUCUGACUACAAACGCAAGGGCGAUGCGUAGAUUGCGAACGGCAUGCGAGAAGGCUAAACGUACGUUGUCGUCUUCUGCGCAGGCCAAUGUAGAAAUCGAUUCUCUUUUCGAGGGUGCCGAUUUCUACACUAGCAUCACUCGAGCUCGAUUUGAGGAAAUGUGUGUUGAUCUUUUCCGCGGCACACUAGAACCAGUGAAGAAAGCUUUACGAGAUGCGAAAAUGGACAAGUCGAGUAUCGAUGAGAUUGUGCUGGUAGGUGGUUCUACUCGUAUUCCAAAGAUUCAGAAGUUACUUUCUGAGUACUUCAAUGGUAAAGAGCUGAACAAGAGCAUCAAUGUGGAUGAAGCAGUCGCGUACGGCGCCGCAGUUCAGGGUGCCAUUCUCCGGGGUGACACGCACAGCUCAGUCUCAGAUCUUCUGCUUUUGGAUGUCGCUCCGUUGUCUAUGGGUAUUGAGACCGCCGGUGGUGUGAUGAUCUCGCUGAUAAAGCGCAACACCACCAUUCCCACGAAGCAAACACAGACCUUCUCCACUUAUGCUGACAAUCAGCCAGCUGUGUCCAUUCAAGUGUACGAGGGUGAGCGAGCCAUGACGAAAGACAACCACAAGCUGGGCGCCUUUGAUCUUGUCGGCAUUGCCCCUGCUCCCAGAGGCACACCCCAGAUCGAAGUUACCUUUGAUAUCGAUGCGAAUGGUAUACUCAACGUGUCCGCCCAAUAUAAGGCCUCUGGUAAGUCGGAGAAGAUCACAGUGACGAACGAUGCGGGUCGCUUGAAUCAGACUGAUAUCGAUCAGAUGCUUGCGGAUGCCGAAAAGUUUGCAGCACAAGAUGAGGUGCAGCGGCAAAAGGUCGCGGCUAAGAAUGAAUUGGAAGGGUAUGCGUUCCAGGUUAAAAACUCGGUGGAGAAUGAUCACAAAGACAAGAUUUCUGAGAGCGACCGCCAGAGUGUGAUCCAGAAGGCAGAUGAAGUUAUCAGCUGGCUGGACCACAAUCAGACCGCAGAAAAAGACGAGUUUGAGCAUCAGAAGAAAGAAUUGGAGGCUGUGGUGAACCCUAUUAUGACUAGUGUAUACAAACAGGCCGGUGCAGGUGGUGUCGGUUGUAUGCCUGGGGGAUGUGGCACAGGAAACCCAACCUCUGAACCCACAGUGGAAGAGGUCGACUAA